AUGAAAUUGGAAGACAACAGACCAAGUAAACAAGACAACGUAAAUGAAACAACAGACAUGGAUACAAAUGAAGACAUAAGGGAAACCUUUAAAGGAAUAUAUAUAGCGGAUAGUGAAUCCUCAAUUAAUAAACUUACUUCAACAUCCUCCACUCUUAGUUUCGGGAAAAACUAUUUAUAUUUUAAGCAUUUAAUUCUUAAAAUAUUUAUUAUUAAGUUAAAUACAUUAUUAUAUUAUUUUAUAAUAUUACUAAUUAGUUCACAGUAA